AUGGCGUCGAUCCUGCUCUUCGUUUGCGUCUUAAGCGCCGUGCUUGUUUUGAAUGUCGACGCGGUAAGUACCGUAAUACUUAUUGCAUAACGCUCACAUUCUGGUUUUAAACUUGUUUUUUACUUUUUUACACUUUGGUACGCCUAUUAGUACAAGUUAAGGUUUGUGUACAAGAUUGAUGGUACUGAAGUCUUAAGAUAUCUACAGUACGAUACAUUUUUAAGCGAUCUCAAAUACCAAGUUUUUUUAAUCUAUAGUAACCUUUUGUUACUUACAGUACCUAUACCACCUUAAUGACAUUUGUAAAUACAAAUUUUAAAGUUACAGUAACCCUGUUACAGUGUAUUGGCUCUGGAGUUUGUGGAGGCGGCGGAGGCUGCUACUCGCCCCCACCAGUAUCGUGCGGCGGUGGAUGUUCACCAGGCUACAGCUGUGGACAUUAUGGGUGUGCUCGUCGACGUGCUCGUGCACACGGCUCAAAUACUGUAGCUGUAGAUGAGAAACAAUCUCUGCUCUUCGGUCCUCAACGCUUCCAAAAGGCUCAACAGCCAUUGCCAAGAGUAAGUCAUUGAGAUGUUAGAUGGUAAUACGAAAAUUACAGUAAUGUUCUUAUUCUUUAUGUUGUAUGAAUUUAGUACUAGUAAGAGAUUAAAUAUCAUAACAAUAGUAUGUUCUUGUAAACUAUAAGCUACUACUCUUCAGGACCCUAACCAAAUGUUCUUAGAAUGCUGUGAAGACCGUGGCCUUCCAGAUUCUUGUUUGAGCAAAUGUAACUACAACAAAUACACAAAGGAAUCUGUAAGUAAUUUACUUAUAUCUAGGUUACUUAAUCUGUUUCGCAACAUUGUUAUUACCUAUUACAAUCCGUAUGUUACAGCUGAUGUCAAUGUACUUCAAAACCGAUGCUUGCCCAAUUGAGGCUGCUGCCGAGCUACAGUACUGCGCUGCCCGUGGACGUGACCACCGUGCCUGCUGUGUACGCAACGGUGUUCAGACUACAUUGGCCGGAGACAAGUGCUUGACGUUCUGUGACCAGCGACCUGGCAACGUGACUCAGCUGGACUUCAGCUACGCUUCGUGCUAUGACAGAUUCGAGCAGAUGAAGGGCUGCUUCUGGAACUCGGCCCUCAACGAACAACGUCACUAA